AUGGCGAACGUCAACUUAGCGACGGCGACGGCAAUUAAGACGAAGGAAUCGUCAAAAAGCUUGCUUCUUGGCAGAUACGAACUGGGCAAACUCCUCGGACAUGGAACCUUUGCUAAGGUUUACUAUGCCCGCAACGUUAACACGAAUGAGAGUGUUGCCAUUAAGAUAAUCGACAAAGACAAGAUUUUGAAAGGCGGUCUCACCGCCCAUAUCAAACGCGAGAUCUCAAUCCUACGGAAAGUCCGACAUCCCAACAUCGUCCAAUUGUACGAAGUAAUGGCGACCAAGACUAAGAUUUUCUUCGUUAUGGAAUACGUUAAAGGCGGCGAGCUUCUAGACAAGAUUGCCAAGGGACGAUUAUCCGGCGAUGAAGCUCGCAAAUAUUUCCAGCAGCUAAUCUCCGCCGUCGCCUUCUGCCAUAAUCGCGGUGUUUACCACCGCGAUUUGAAACCAGAGAAUAUACUUCUGGACGAAAAUGGCGAUCUUAAAGUCUCAGACUUUGGAUUAGGCUGUGUGGCUGACGAGACUCGAAAUGAUUGUUUGUUUCAUACAUUUUGUGGGACGCCGGCGUACAUUGCGCCGGAGGUUCUCGCCAGAAAAGGGUAUGAUCCUGCUAAGGCAGAUAUAUGGUCUUGUGGGGUUAUUCUCUUCAUACUCAUGGCUGGCUAUUUACCAUUUCGUGAUGAUAAUAUCAUGGGGAUGUAUAAGAAAAUCUUCAAAGGUGAUUUUCGAUGUCCGAAAUGGUUUUCGCCUCGAUUGACUCGAUUGCUUUCUAGAUUUCUAGAUACAAACCCACAAACUAGAAUCACAAUCCCUGAAAUUAUGACAAGAAAGUGGUUUAUCAAGGGUUUCAAUCACAUUCAAUUUUACAUUGAGGACGAUAAACUGUGUAGUCUGAAAGACGAAUCAAUUGAUGUUGGACUUGGAUCAGAUUCUGAUCAGUCAUUAUCUGAAAAUGAACCAGAUUCAUUUGAGAGAUCAGGGGUUGGAAGCUUUGUAAAGCCGCAGAGCUUGAAUGCUUUCGAUAUUAUAUCGUUCUCACGUGGAUUCGAUCUGUCUGGUUUGUUUGAGGAAGGAGGGGAAGAGGGCGAUGGAUUUAGGUUCUUGACAGGAGCUUCAGUGACAAUGAUCAUAACAAAAUUGGAGGAAAUUGCUAAAAUGGUGAGCCUUAAUGUGAGGAAGAAGGAAUGCAGAGUUAGUUUGGAAGGAUGUAGGCAUGGGGCAAAAGGGUCAUUGACUAUUGUUGCAGAGAUAUUCGAGUUAACAUCUGAAUUGAGAGUAGUGGAAGUGAAGAAGAAGGGAGGGGAUAUGAGAGAAUACGAGGAUUUGUGUAAAAGACAACUCAAGCCUGUUUUACAGACCCUUGUUUGAGAAGAAUAUGAAUAAAUAACCAG